AUGAGCGCCGAGGAGGCACAAGAAGAGAUCGGCAGACUUCAGAAAUCUAUACUUAGUGGUAUUGCUCGGUACUGGGAGACAGAGAAGCAGAUUGCAGAUACACAGAAUGAAAUCUGCCUUAUUCAGGAUAGAUUUGAUGCACAUGCAGCCAUCGACGAUGAUGAAGCACGUGCCUUGAUGAUAAUAACAACUCUUAGAUCCUGUCAGGGAACCAUUUAUGAGCUUCUUGUGCUGAGCACUGGGAACGGAGUCAAUGGCUUCACUCUCGAUCCUUCCCUUGGAGAGUUCAUUUUGACUCAUCCAAAUAUCAAGAUAGCAAAGAAAGGGAAGAUCUAUUCAGUCAACGAAGGGAACGCCAAAAACUGGGAUGGGCCUACAGCCAAAUUCGUGGAGAAAUGCAAGUAUCCUGAGGAUGGUUCACCGCCUAGAUCCUUUAGAUAUAUCAGAAGUAUGGUUGCAGAUGUCCAUCGCACCUUAAUAUACGGGGGCAUAUUUUUGUGCCCAGCAGACCAAAAGAGUCCAAACGGGAAACUACGGUUAUUACUACUCCCGAUGUCAUUCCUGAUGGAACAAGCUGGAGGCCAGACUUUCACAGGCAAACAACAGGCCCUUGAACUUGCUCCCGCUAAACUUCACGACAGAUCCCCAGUGUUCCUCGGGAGCUACGAUGAUAGAGGCACCAACUCUAAGGCAUAG